UUUAAAUCCUGAAAGAGGCAGCAUCACCUUGCUCCACACUUUUUGGUACAAAUCCUUGUGCUGGGUUUUCUCCAUGUGCAGGGGAGUUGGUGAGGAUGUUCCCUCCCCUGGGAGAAGCAGGGCCAGGACCAGGUGCGUGCGCGUGCGCAGGGAACCUGCCCGGGGGCACACGAUGAUUUCAGGCUGCAUUUCCACCCCGCUCUUCCAACCCUUCCAGCUCACGCUUCCCUGCCCUGCCUCCUUGCCCCUGCCCAUCUGGGGGCACGGAUAUAAACCCCUCCAGCCAAUAUGUUUGCUGUGAGGGCCCAGCUUUGCCUGGAGGGUGCACAUGGCUCCUGUCCCAUCCCAAAUCUUUGCCUAGGGACGGAGCGAGGGGAUUUUCUGGCGGCUGCUGGCGGUGAGCUCACACUGUGGGCACUCCUCUGGAGCUAGAGCAGCAGGGCAGGUUGCUGCUCCGGCUUUGCUGGAAACCUUGGAGCUCCUGGAGCGUGUGGAAGCAGUGCUGGUCCAUCCAGAGAUCACAGGUGCCUGACGAUGCCGAGCAUAUUUUCCUACCAGAGUGCCGAGGUGGAUUGGUGUGAGGGCAACUUCGAGCGCUCGGCGGUGAUUGCCGAGUACUACAACACCAUCAGCAAUGUGAGCUUCUUUGUGCUGUCCCCUGCCCUGCUGUACCUGAACCGGCAGUACUGCCAGAAGAAGGCUCUGCCCCUCUACUUUGUCUCGGGGCUGCUCAUCCUCGUAGGUAUCUUCUCCAUGUACUUCCACAUGACCCUGAGCUACGUGGGACAGCUCUUGGAUGAGCUCUCCAUUCUCUGGACUCUGGCUGUGGCUUAUUCCUUCUGGUACCCCCAGGCUUACUUCCCCAAGUGCAUCAAGACCAGGAGGCAUUUCUUCUGGCUGACUGGGAUCACCACUGUGAUCAGCACCUUCAUGUCUUUCAUCAAGCCCACCCUCAAUGCGUACGCGCUGAACUGCAUCGCCUUCCACCUGCUCUACAUGACCCGCAAGGAGCUCAAGAAGUGCAAUGACAAACGGGUUCACCGGAUGGCCGCGGUCAUGGUGAUGUGGUGGGCACUGGCCAUCACCAGCUGGAUCAGUGACAGGUGGCUCUGCUGGCUCUGGCAGGCCAUCAACUUCCCCUACUUCCACAGCUUCUGGCACGUGCUGAUAGCCCUGUCCCUGCUGUACUGCUGCCCGCUGGUCAUCUACUUCGACGUCAGCUACGAGAUGCCCUCGUUCAAGCCCAAGCUGGAGUACUGGCCCAGCGACUCAUGGCCUGUUGUGGUGCCCUAUGUCACCCUGGAGGAGCCCCACAAGCAGUGCUAGAGCUGGGUGUCCUCACACCUCCCUGGGGCACGGGCUGAGUGAUGCUCACACAGGGAACAUCUCGGUUGUGUUCCUCCUGUUCCUCAGGCAGGGGCAGCGUGGUAGAGGGGCCAGGGAGCAGCUGAGGCCUCGUGAUGCUGGGCAUGAAGCAAGGUGGGAGCCCACAGGUGCCUCAGAAGGCUCUGGCCAGACUGGUGUUCAGGGAGCUGGAGAUUUCCUCCAGCAGAUCCCCAUGAGGAGGGGAGGGACACGGUGCUGCUUCUGUGUCCUCUGUGUUAGUCAAGCACCAGCACCCCUUGCUGAC